ACCGUACACACGCUUAUAUAUUAAGGAUGCAGCAUUUGUGAUAUUCAAACUUUUAAUAGUGUUUUGAUAAGUGAAAUGUUAAACAUGUGUCCAAAGAUAUGCUUAUUAACAAUAGCGAUGCUAGUAACCGAAAUAAAAGGGGUGAUUUAUUUUCUAAAUGACACCGAGUAUAACCGUAUGCCUCCUGUUUAUAAACUUGAUGAUUACAAAACCUGUCUUGAAAAGCCAACCGAUGUUUAUUGUAACGUGGAUUUCAAUUUGAUUUCCGACACAGAAAAUGAACUUCUGACAAUGAUUCACGAAUAUUCGGAACACACAUGCACACAUUACAAUCAUUCCCAACUGAAUCACGGUAUCUGCUACACUCAGCGAUGCCAAAAUUACAUAGACCAUACGAAGAUGAAGACAUCAAUUGAAAAAUGCCUUAAUGAUACGUUUAUGAAGGAAUAUGGUUUGAGUACUCAAGUGACAAGAUUCAAUUGUCACAGUCUAUCUGACACUAAGCGAGAGCUUGACAAAUCCGAUAUAGCAGUCGCUAUCCUUCUAUUGACGAUUGUCUUAUUAAACGUUGCUGGAACUAUCUAUGAUUACAACAGAAAAGAAAAUAUAAAAGAAAAAAAAUAUCUUCUUUGUUUCUCAAUUGCACGAAACUGGAAGAAACUUACAUCUUAUAAUUCAAAUGCAGAAAGUCAAAUAGAAUACCUUAAGGGACUAAAUGGAAUUCGAUGUAUCAUUCUCGUCGGUGUGAUAAUGGUUCAUAACACGUGGCCAUACAUGCGAGCAGGAGAAAAUCUUCAUGUUUUGGAACUAUACACCGCACCCCGUGGGGGUGGAUAUCCAACGGGGGGCAUCGCGGCUCUGCAGACGUUACGGAGAACGUCCCCAAAGCGACUAGCCCCCUCUUCCGCCCCCAACUCCCAACUUCCCGGGAGACUCCAGCGGCCGACAACGGCCGCUUCCUCAGCCAGUUCCCGGUUGAGCUUUGAUAAUGCCCAACGCGGAAACCGACUUCUCUCCCGAGACGACGAGGAACUCGACGCUGGACUCCGGCGACCGGAAGAGGUCCUGAGCCCCGGCGCAGUGGUUCCCGUUGGCCUGCAGGAAACUGAGAUGUCCGGCCAUUAUUCGGACAUCUCAGCUCCCGACGCCCGCCUCGAAACCCCCGCCCUUUGUGGCUGGGCCGGGAGUUUCCCACGGGUGGAAGGGGGGCAGCAUGAAUGCCCCCCCAUCACAUGGUCCGCCGGCUUGCUCGCGUCAGCGCACACAGCGCAGCGCGGUGACGCGGAGCACUGGGCGGACUUGUGGCCCUCCUUGCCGCAGCGGCUGCCCAACUGCAGCAGCUUUUUAGCCGCCGCAGCCGGCACCUCCACCAGGGCAGAACCUGUGCCGCGAGGCCCAUGUCGCACGCUACGAACCCUAACCUGGGCCUCGGUGCAGCCCCCCUCCUGCGCGACCGCGGUUAUUAAGCGAUCCGCGGUCGUCGCGUCAUUGAGGCCCGUGACUCUCAUGUCCGUGAAUUUCACGGGCCUCGAAACCUCCACCUCCUCCGCCAGUGCGGACUUCAGCUUCGCGGCCAGAGCAUCUGCUUUGUCCGCACUGGCUGUGCCGGGCACCUCGAUUAUCCGGGCCCCUGUGGCCGUCGAGCGUAUCCUUAGGGGCCCGAUGCCCAGCUCCUUCGUAUCUAUCUCCCUCUCGGCCCUGAGAAGGACCGACAACGCCACUUUUUUGGGGCCCUCCUUAGGGCCCGCCUUCUUCUUAGGUUGUGGCGCCGGCGUCUUGUGUACCGGCACCACCUCCUUCUUCUUUGGGGCCUUGCGGCGGACCACCUCCGUCCAUCCUGCCGCUUUGGCCCCGUUCCCCAUUUUACCCUUUUCGGCCCCUCCAGCAGACGUGGAUGGACCGAACGCAGUCCAAACCACCUCCUUCCCCCCCUUAGACUUUUGGCCUUUCCCCUUGGAAGGCGCAGGGAGGGAAGGGAACUCUUCGUCGGAGGAUAUCGCCGGCGCUGAUGCCGCCUGUGAAGGGUGCGGCCAACCGCCCAUCCACCAAAUUGCCAACCAUUCGGGCAAUGUUGGCCUCCAACACUUCGAGCUGGUCCCGGCUCGUUGGGCCAUCCGAGGCCACCCUAGAAGCCGCUGCCUUCUCCCUCCGCAUCUCUUCAUAUUGGAGCCGGUGAGCACGUACCUCCUCCUUGAGACCCGCAUUUUCUCUCUGGAGCCGCCCAAUGUCGGCUCUCAGACGGUGGGUCUCCUCUGCCUCUCCUCGAGCAUUAUCUUUUCCGCUCCCAUACUCUCCAGCUCCAGUGGGAGCUCCUUCUUCUUAGUUUUCGCCCCACUCUUCCCCUUCCCGAGGCUCCUUUCAAGGCAGGCCUCGAAGGCGGCCUCCGAGUCCUCCUCCUCACGAUCCCGUAGGAAUUUCCUCGCCUUGGCCAACGUACGUCCGCGGCCUCGCCUUCCCACCGGAUCCUUUCCCCGUAAAACCCCGCCCCCAGUCUCGGUGUCGGAGCCCGACACCUCCGAAAAGAGGCGCUUGGCUCCUAACACCGACUCUGGGCGCGAUGACAUUGAGUCCUUCAACUAUUGUUUGUUACAGUCAUUUUAUAAAGUACGACAGAAUAUAUUGAUGACUGGAUCACUUGGAAUUCAGAUAAAUUUUCUUAUUUCGGGAUUUCUGUUGGCACACAAUACCGAGAUGUAUAUGGAAAAUAAUAGCAUUAACUGGUACUCCAUCCCUAAAAGUAUUAUAUCACGAUUUUUCAGAAUAACACCAGUUUAUGCCGUGGUUAUAGCAGUAAGUGCUACUUGGAUAAAAUAUUUAGGACCCGGGCCACUGUGGCAGGAUACUGGGAAUGUGCUGUACUCUCACUGUAGGAGUGGAUGGUGGCGCAAUCUACUGUACAUAAACAACUACAAAUAUAACUCCCAAUGCUUACUGCACUGUUGGUAUCUUGGAGCGGAUAUGCAAUUGUAUUGCUUGGGAAUAAUUCUAUGCGUGAUUUUGAAGAAGAAAAGUCUGAGGAAACCUGUGUUGGCUGGUGUUUUAUUAUUAGGGAUUGCUGCGAUAGCUAUUCACACUUACGUUCGUGAUUUAGAUCCAAUAUUAAUUUUGUCUCCGGGAGAAGUUAAGACGCUGUUUUGGACCGCUCCCACUUUCAACGAGACGUAUAAAAUGGGCCACGCUAAUAUACCCAGCUUUAUCAUUGGCAUGAUGCUUGGUUACUACGUAUAUGAAAAACGAAAAACCGGAUUACAAGUACCAAAGAGUAGAGGGCUAAGAUAUAUUUACUGGGCGCUAGUACCCCUGGCAAUGGCUGUCAUGUUCUCAGGAGAGCUGUUCUAUCGUGAUGCGCCCCGCGAUCCACUUUCAGUCCGCGUCGCGUAUGCGGCUCUAAUCAAACCCAUAUUCUCAUCCCUGAUAGCCAUGCUUUUAUUAGGAAUGAUAUUUAAAAUAGAAAAUGUGUUUCGGAGGGUAUUAGAAUGGGACAUGUGGAUAAUACCAAGCCGUCUGUCUUAUUCCGUCUAUAUAAAUCACAUGGUAUUAAUAAGACUGUAUAUAGGAUUGAGCCAUUCUUUAUUUUCUGUUUCCGAUACGAACAUGAAUUUGUUGACUGUUGGUGUGACGCUAUUUUCGUUAAUCGUCGCCGUUCCACUGUGUUUGCUGAUUGAGAUUCCAUUUCUUCAAGUCUUUAAAUGUUACGUGAUUGGAAAUAAUAAGAAAAAAGAAAUUGAAAAAUCAUUGUAAAGAAAUAAUAAUAAUAAUAUCUUUGACAAAAAGAUAAAGCAAAAGACUAAGAUGAAAUUGUAUAUUUGUUUGAUACAAAGUACAUUAUUGUUAUAACGAACAUAGCUAUAUGAUAGUAGAAUAUUAAUUUAGUUUAAGUAAUUUUUACAAAAUUUUUUAUUGAUUUCAUAAUAAUUACUUUUUUGUUUGUUUUUUUUAAUUGAUUGAGAUGUAUUAUUUAAUAAAAAUAAUUUUAAAUAGUUUAGCGACAACAAUUAGCGACAAACAAUCUGGUAUACUACAACGAUGGUAACUUUUAUUUAAAAAUUGAGUUACAUCGUUUCAAUAGAAAUAGUAGGAUUAUAAUCAUUUGUUACAAGUUGUGGUUCUUAUAAGGUUUGAUGUUUUAAGAGUUUUAUCUUGUUUACAUUGUAAUUUAAGAGAUAUUCAAUAAAUAUUCACAAGAAGA